AUGACCUUCAGAGUGGAUUCUGUCACCGAGCAGUCCAUCAGAGAGGUGACGGGGUAUGUGCUCGUGGCUCUAAACCAGUUCGACUACCUGCCCCUGGAAAACCUGAGGAUCAUCCGUGGGACCAAACUGUACGAAGACCGCUACUCUCUGGCUGUGUUCCUCAACUACAGGAGAGACGGGAACUUCGGCCUCCGUCAGCUGGGCCUCAGGAACCUCACCGAUGACAAUCCUGAUCCAUUGCCGGCCACAGCCUGCCCCGAAGAGAUUGAACGUAUUAUCAGGCGGAGGAGAAAAGCACCAACACCUAGGCCAUUCGCAAGCACUCCAGCGACAAAAAGAAGAAAAGUGGUGGACUCCGCAAAUACUGAUCUCGACGCAGCAAACAUCUUGUUGGAUCUCAGUAUGAUCUCACCUCUAGAUGUUACUGACACAGAAGAAAAUAAAGCUAACUCUGUAGGGAUUCAAACAGAAGCUCUGGAACCCUGCUCCAAAUGUUCAAAGUUGAUGGUGGAUGUUGGCUGUCAGACUGUAUAUGACCGAUACAUGUUGCAGUCCAAGAUUGAAAACAUCAUACUGAAGAAUGAAGCAACUGUAUCGAAAUCCAGGCCUUCUUCUCUUGAUGUGCCUCCGAGUGAUCAGAAACCUGAAUAUGAGGCCCUCCUGACUUUAGAUGAUGUUAAAGAUGAUGCCAGAAAAAUGAAGUUCUUUACUGGACUUUCGUUUUUACACUUCAUGGCCUUAUUCAACUUCCUCGGCCCCGCGGAAAAGCAGAAGGGCAGCCACGUGACUACACCGCCCUAG